CUCCACGGAGCAAUAGGAGUCCGCCUUGGCGCGCGCGGGGCGGAGCCCCCCGGAAGGCGGGGCCGGGCGGAGGCUGCGGGAGCCGCGGCGGGGAGGGACCCGGGCGCGCGCGAUCCGGGCCUAGGUCGGGACCCUGGCGGCAUCCUGCUGUGUGUCCUGGCGCAGUCGGGUAGACGGGAGCCAUGCCACCCCCGUCAGACAUAGUCAAGGUGGCCAUCGAAUGGCCGGGCGCCAACGCACAGCUGCUGGAGAUCGACCAGAAACGGCCCCUGGCGUCCAUCAUCAAGGAGGUUUGUGACGGGUGGUCGCUGCCCAACCCGGAGUAUUACACCCUCCGCUACGCCGACGGCCCCCAGUUCUACAUCACCGAGCAGACCCGCGGUGACAUCAAGAAUGGCACCAUCCUCCAGCUGGCCGUCUCCCCGUCCCGGGCUGCCCGCCAGCUGAUGGAGCGGACGCAGUCCUCCAGCAUGGACACCCGGCUGGACGCCAUGAAGGAGCUGGCCAAGCUCUCCGCCGACGUCACCUUCGCCACCGAGUUCAUCAACAUGGACGGCAUCGUGGUGCUGACGCGGCUGGUGGAGAGCGGAACCAAGCUCCUGUCCCACUACAGCGAGAUGCUGGCAUUCACCCUGACCGCCUUCUUGGAGCUCAUGGACCACGGCAUCGUCUCCUGGGACAUGGUCUCCAUCACCUUCAUCAAGCAGAUCGCGGGGUACGUGAGCCAGCCCAUGGUGGACGUGUCCAUCCUCCAGAGGUCGCUGGCCAUCCUGGAGAGCAUGGUCCUCAACAGCCAGAGUCUGUACCAGAAGGUCGCCGAGGAGAUCACGGUGGGACAGCUCAUCUCCCACCUCCAGGUCUCUAACCAGGAGAUCCAGACCUACGCCAUCGCACUGAUCAACGCACUUUUCCUGAAGGCCCCAGAGGACAAGCGGCAGGACAUGGCCAACGCCUUCGCGCAGAAGCACCUGCGCUCCAUCAUCCUGAACCACGUCAUUCGCGGGAACCGCCCCAUCAAAACCGAGAUGGCCCAUCAGCUGUACGUGCUCCAGGUCCUGACCUUUAACCUGCUGGAGGAAAGGAUGAUGACCAAGAUGGACCCCAAUGACCAGGCGCAGAGGGACAUCAUCUUUGAGCUGCGGCGGAUUGCGUUUGACGCUGAGGCUGACCCCGGCAGCGGCCCCGGGAGUGGCACGGAGAAACGCAAAGCCAUGUACACCAAGGACUACAAGAUGCUGGGGUUCACCAACCACAUCAACCCCGCCAUGGACUUCACCCAGACGCCCCCUGGGAUGCUGGCUCUGGACAACAUGCUGUACCUGGCCAAGGUCCACCAGGACACCUACAUCCGGAUCGUCCUGGAGAACAGCAGCCGCGAAGACAAGCACGAGUGCCCAUUCGGCCGCAGCGCCAUCGAGCUCACCAAGAUGCUGUGCGAGAUCCUGCAGGUCGGGGAGCUCCCGAACGAGGGGCGGAACGACUACCACCCCAUGUUCUUCACCCACGACCGGGCCUUCGAGGAGCUCUUCGGCAUCUGCAUCCAGCUGCUGAACAAGACCUGGAAGGAGAUGCGGGCCACGGCCGAGGACUUCAACAAGGUCAUGCAGGUGGUCCGCGAGCAGAUUACCCGGGCUCUGCCCUCCAAACCCAACUCCCUGGACCAGUUCAAGAGCAAGCUCCGGAGCCUGAGCUACUCGGAGAUCCUGCGGCUGCGCCAGUCGGAGCGGAUGAGCCAGGACGACUUCCAGUCGCCGCCCAUCGUGGAACUGCGGGAGAAGAUCCAGCCCGAGAUCCUGGAGCUCAUCAAGCAGCAGCGCCUGAACCGGCUGUGUGAGGGCAGCAGCUUCCGCAAGAUCGGGAAUCGCCGGCGGCAGGAACGGUUCUGGUACUGCCGCCUGGCGCUGAACCACAAGGUCCUGCACUACGGGGACCUGGACGACCACCCGCAGGGGGAGGUGACAUUUGAGUCGCUGCAGGAGAAAAUUCCCGUUGCAGACAUCAAAGCCAUCGUCACCGGGAAGGACUGCCCCCACAUGAAAGAGAAGAGCGCCCUGAAGCAGAACAAGGAGGUGCUGGAGCUGGCGUUCUCCAUCCUCUACGACCCCGACGAGACCUUGAACUUCAUAGCACCUAAUAAGUAUGAGUACUGCAUCUGGAUCGAUGGCAUCAGUGCCCUGCUGGGGAAGGACAUGUCCAGCGAGCUGACCAAGAGCGACCUGGACACGCUGCUGAGCAUGGAGAUGAAGCUGCGGCUGCUGGACCUGGAGAACGUGCAGAUCCCCGAGGCGCCGCCGCCGGUGCCCAAGGAACCCAGCAGCUAUGACUUCGUCUACCACUACAGCUGA